AUGGACGGCUUCGACUCAGAGCUGCAGCAGAAAACGAUGCAGGAUGUUCUAUCUUUAUUCCCAUGCGAUUGUGAUAGAAAACUUCCAAAGUGGAGUUCUUGGAAAAAUGUGACGCGAAUACACUGGUCACAAUCAUUGUGCGAAUUCGGCAAUUUCGAAAGACAACGAGAGGGUAGAACUUUGGCUCAACGAAAAGUGGUUGGCGAAAGUUUCCAAGCUCUGCCUUCAGGCCCAGUGUAUAGAUCGCCUCCUAAAGAAGAUGGCUGCAAAAGCAGGCUGAGUCGGUCUUUCAAAGGGCCGGCAUCAGUACUACAUAACUUCAUUGUACAUAUCGAGAGAAAGUUUGAUUUGGAUGUUAUGAAAAGACGCUAUCAUUCCUUUCUGUUAAUCGUUCGUGAAAAGAAUGGCGUUACAAUGGUGGGACAAUGUGCAGCUUCAUUCGACCAUCGAUGUAUAUGGUUCCAAAAAGACGAUGGACCGGUCUCACUUUCGGCCAGAACAUUGAGAAUACAAGUAUUCACGAGCAAGGCCGUUCGGAAAUCGUGUAUCUUUGAUGUCGUAGAAAGUUAUGGAAAAACCCGAUCGACAUUGUUGUUGUUGUUGAGGCUGAGGAACUCUCGUUGUGCCCUUUCUAUCGUUGCAAUGCUCGCGCUGCUCAAUUUUUGAUCCGUUAUUAUACGUUACCAUGUUUUUUGGAGUGAACUCUUUCUAAGCCCGUUUCGGGACUGUUUCAAAGAUGCACUUUGUUGUGCACCGAGAAGUGCGUGCGGUUCACUUCGAAAAGCCUUUAUAAAGGUUGUAGCCUGGUG